CCGCCUCCCGUACCUUUAACCUAGCUUCACUUCAGGGCGAGCUCUCUUUAGAUGCGUUUCUUUCGCACCUUUUCCUUCUCCAGGAGAGGAGGAAAAUGUAGCAGGCUUGAGUCCGGAGAACUGCUGCGCUCGCUUGCUGCAUUGAGGUCUGGCCCGGAGCCGGCGCUUUUAGCAUUGACGCAAUAAAAUUAGCCUGGAGAAGAGAAAUGGAGACGUACUGGGGAUAUCAGAGCGGGGCUGGCAGCCCUUAUGACUACUCGGGGAUGCGUGCCAGUGGGACUGGCAUCCAAAGCAGCACUUACUACAACGAGGACCUUCUGCACAAGACUAUCCUGGUUGGAGACAGCGGAGUUGGGAAGACAUCACUGCUGGUUCAGUUUGACCAGGGCAAGUUCAUACCAGGCUCAUUUUCUGCAACUGUGGGCAUCGGAUUUACCAACAAAGUGGUGACCGUGGAUGGUGUGAAGGUGAAACUGCAGAUCUGGGACACGGCAGGCCAGGAGCGGUUCCGAAGCGUGACUCAUGCUUACUACCGAGACGCACAGGCACUCCUCCUCCUCUAUGACAUCACCAGCAAAAUGUCCUUUGAUAAUAUCCGGGCCUGGCUUACAGAGAUUCACGAAUAUGCCCAAAAGGAUGUGGUCAUUAUGUUGCUAGGCAACAAGGCCGAUGUGAGCAGCGAGAGAGUGAUAAGAACAGAAGAUGGGGAAUCAUUAGCCAGGGAAUAUGGAGUGCCUUUCAUGGAGACCAGUGCGAAGACAGGCAUGAACGUGGAGCUGGCGUUUCUGGCCAUUGCAAAAGAGCUCAAGCAACGAGCCGUCAAGCAGCCAGAGGAGCCCCGGUUCCAAAUCCAUGACUAUAUAGAGUCUCAGAAGAAGAGGAGCAGCUGCUGUGCCUUCCUUUGAGGGAGGAGGAGGAGGAGGAGGAGGAGGAGGAGGACCCAAAGGAAGCCCGGGGGACCCCAAGUGCACAGUAAAAGAGGUCAAGAAGCAGAACUGGCAGCUUGGCAGCAACGCCGGGCAGGAGCUGUGUUGCGGACGCUCUCCAAAGACAAUCCGUUUUAGAGAAUACCGUUUCCAGGUUC